AUGGGCGGAACGAGAACAUGCUACAGCAGUCUUUGCGGAGAAUUUGCCAGUCAUGGAUUUAUCGUUUGCGCUAUUGAGCACCGGGAUGGCAGUGGACCUAGAUCAACGGUAAACUUGCCUCCAGAAGGCUCUGUACGGAGGCGAGAAUCACAGGCAGCAGUAGCAGCUCACCACCAUACGAAACCGGAGACGCAGCGUUCCUAUGAGACUGUGGAUUUUUUGUUCGCACAAAGCGACAAAUUUGACACAAGUCCGGAUCAUGAGAUUGACCGUGAGCUUCGUGAAGCACAGGUCAAUUUGCGAGUAGCUGAGGUCGACGAAGCAUACUAUCUGAUGACAGAAAUCUGUGCAGGAAGAGGUGAGACACUGAAACAGCACAACCUGCGACGACCUGGCGCGCGAGGUGCAUCCUCGUUAGGAUUGGAUGGAGUCGACUUUGAUACAUGGGCUGAUCGUCUACAUUGCGAUCAUGUUACUAUGGUAGGCCACUCUUUCGGGUCGACGACGACGGUUGAGAUGCUCCGAAAUAGCAAAAAGUACAACUAUAUUAGCCAGGGCAUUAUCUACGAUAUCUGGGGAACGCCAGUUCAAAAAGGUACUUCUGAGCAUCAUAUUACUGUGCCAUUAUUGGGAAUCAAUUCUGAAGCCUUCAUGUAUUGGGAAGACAAUUUCAACAUAGCAAAGUCAGUCAUCGAGGAGGCAAGAGAAGCAGGCCAGCCAGCCUGGCUGACAACAUGUCGAGGCACCGUCCACAUUUCGCAGUCAGAUUUCUGCAUCCUCUACCCACGUAUAGCUAACCAUGUGCUCAAAAUGACCAUGGAUCCUGUACGCGCGAUUGAUGUCAACAUUGACGUGUCACUUGACUUUCUGUCGCGGACUUUACACUUUGACGAGGAGGACGGCGAAGGAGAAGCGGUGUUUCGUCGCAAUCUGCCAUCGAAGAAUUACCUCGAUCUCGAUUUGAUACCUGGAGUGCCUUCUGAGCACAAGCCCAAGAAGAAAUGGACGGCCGUGAGGCUGAAGAUUGACCAUGAAGCACGAAAGAGGAUGGCGCCGCAUGCAAGAGAGAAAUAUUGGCAGAAACAACAGGCGCUUGGCAGAGAGGAAAUUUGGGUACAUAUGGCUCCUGGUAGACAAGCCGUGGCUCAGGAGGAGACCUCUCGACUCUAG